AAACACUCAAUUGCUGUGUAUUUGCUCAAGUGACAAUGUCAUGGUGUCAGCCAGAGAUUAGUUUUUGCAUUUUCACGAUGGACAGUGGCAUAUGCUGGUGUCCCAAAAAGCAGGUUCAAUUUUAGUAAUUGUUAUCAAGGUACCAAGGUAGCUGGGAUUUCAUUAGCAUAAGAAAAGGUGCCAGUAGGUCCAGCUACCGCCAACUGGAGGGCAAGGAGUUCCUGCGGUUCCGUAACCUGCCUGCUGCGAUACCGGUGGUGAGCUUUUGUACUGCUGCCAUUCCUUUGCUUUCGGGGUGCUUGUGGCUGUUCCUACCGCCAGAAGCACGUUCUAUUAACCAGCAGAGUUGUCAUUCACGGUCCGUCAUUGGAGUCAUUCGGAAGUGUCACUGACGGAGUGAGAAAGCUGACGACCAAUCAAUGAUUCAUUGGAUCUUCGGGAAGAUCGAGGAGCCCAUCACGACCCCAUGUCGCGGAAAUUGCAUUCGCUUCCACUUUCCUUUGCCUUCUCAUAACCAACACUCUUAGAUCUUUGUUGCCACAAAUAAGAAUCCUUCAAUCAAACCACUUGUCCUUCCUCAGUUAGCCUUCCUUUUGUGCCUCGAUUAUUAAUCCAAAAUGUUUGCAUCUGCUUCUCGAGCUACCGUGUCGAUUGCUACCAAAAUGAGUAAGGCUUCCUUUUCUUCCACCACCGCCGCAGCCUCCAAAAAGGUUGCCGUCUUGGGCGCUGCCGGAGGAAUUGGUCAACCUCUCAGUAUGCUUCUCAAAUUGAGUCCUCAUGUGGGUGAAUUGAGCUGCUAUGAUAUUGUGGGAACUCCUGGUGUGGCUGCCGAUUUGAGUCAUAUUCCGACUCCUGCCAAAAUCAGCGGUGACUUGCCAGCAGCUGGCAGUUGGCCUCCCAAGGGCAAUGAUGGAAUUGCCAGGGCUUUGACUGGAUGCGAUGUGGUGGUCAUUCCCGCUGGUGUGCCAAGAAAGCCAGGAAUGACUCGUGAUGAUUUGUUCAAUACUAAUGCAGGAAUUGUCAAGGGACUUGUGGAGUCAUGUGCCGAACAUUGUCCUGGAGCCAUUUUGGCCAUUAUUUCCAACCCUGUCAAUUCCACAGUCCCCAUUGCCGCCGAAGUUUUGAAGGCCAGGGGCGUCUAUGAUCCCAAAAAACUCUGCGGUGUCACCACUUUGGAUGUCUGCCGUGCCAAUACGUUUGUAGGAGAAGCCUUGGGCAAGGACCCACGCGAAGUGGAUGUCACCGUCAUUGGAGGACACGCCGGAAUCACCAUUUUGCCACUCUUUAGCCAAGUUCCUGGAUUCAUGGAUGCCGUGGAUGAAAAGAAAAUGGAUGCUCUCACGGUCCGAACCCAAUUUGGAGGAGAUGAAGUGGUCAAAGCCAAGGCUGGCGCUGGAAGUGCCACUUUGAGUAUGGCAUAUGCUGGAUACGUGUUCACCGAAAAUGUCUUGAGGGCCAUGGACGGAGAAGAAAUCACUCAAUGCGCCUUUGUGGAAUCCACCCUCACGGAUGCUCCCUACUUUGCUAGUCCUUGCAAGUUCGGACCUGACGGUGUCACGGAAGUGUUGGGAUACGGCGAGCUUACUGCAUACGAAAAGGGAUGGUUCGACAAGAUGUUGCCCGACUUGAAGAAGCAAAUCCAGAAGGGAAUCGAUUUUGCUAACAACUAAUUUAGUAGCGGAGAGGAGAUAUAUUUAUGUAAAAAUGAAGAAGGAAUGAUAAUAAUAAGUUGGCUCCCUUUUCGCA